CUCUCGUUGAUGCAGACACAUUUAUUGUGAUUAACUGACACACAGUAUUUCUCAUGUGAUCGACCUGCUGAUUUAACGAUACGUGAGGAGCAGCCAUGAGUUUAACAGCACCAGCGAGUGUAUUUGUUGUCUUCCUUCUCUCUGUACAAGUGAUACAGGGUCAGAAUAGCUGGGGAGUGACUUACACUUCUACUGAGAUCUGUGCCUCAAAAGGAUCAACAGUGGAAAUGAGCUGCACAUACAGAUACCCAUCCUGGUUAACAGUUCAGAAAACAUUCUGGUUUACUAAAUUGAAAGGAACAGGACCUGUGGAUCUAACAACAGACUCAGAGUAUUCAGGUCGUGUGCAGAAUAUCUGUGAUAACAACAAGUGCACUCUGAGAAUCACAGACCUGAGAGAGAGCGACUCAGCUGAGUACAAGUUCAGAAUCAUAACAAACCAUCCAUCAGGAAAACAUACUGGUUUACCUGGAGUCACUUUGUCUGUCACAGAUCUGCAGGUGAGAAUAUCUUCAUAUCAAUGGGCAAGGUGUCACAGCAGUUAUCUUCUACCUUAUGAUGCUUCCUACAUCUGGUACAAAAAUGGACAGACAGUUCAAGCACAAACAUCUUCAUAUUUACAAUUAAACACCUAUAAUUAUGAAAACAGUUAUUCCUGUGCUGUAAACAGAUGUGGGGAUCUCGUCUCUCCUCCAGUGUGUGUUCAUGGUCAAAACUGCAACAGAGUGACGUACACUGACAGAAGCAUCUGUGCCUUCAAAGGUUCAUCAGUGGACAUUUCUUGCACAUACAACAGCUAUGAUGGAUCCAUCACGUCUAAAUUCUGGUUCAGUCCUGAACGUAGUGAUCAGUGGCAGAGCCCGUCACAGCCUGAGGACCUUAGUGAAGACUCCCUGUAUGCAGGUCGUGUUCAGGUCCUUGAAACAGAGAGAGGACGCUCCACUCUGAGAAUCAGAGACCUGAGAGAGAGUGAUUCAGCUCAGUAUCACUUCAAAUUCAAAACAACAAGCUUUGAAUGGAGGAGUAUUUUACCUGGUACAACUCUGACUGUCACAGCUCUACAGGUGCAGGUGAACACAAUAUCAGUUCACCAGGAUUAUGCUGAGGCAGAGCUGAAGUGUCACAGCAGCUGCAGUCCAGCUGGUCGUCUUUCCUACGUCUGGUUCAAGAAUGGACAGAAAGUCAGAGAGGAGACAUCUUCUUAUAAAGACUGGUUUCAUCCUGAAGACGUCAUCUCUUGUGCUUUGAAAGGACAUGAGAAUUACGGCUCUCCUUCAGUGUGUGUUCAUGGUCAAAACUGCAACAGAGUGACGUACACUGACAGAAGCAUCUGUGCCUCCAAAGGUUCAUCAGUGGACAUUUCUUGCACAUACAACAGCUAUGAUGGAUCCAUCACGUCUAAAUUCUGGUUCAGUUCUGAACGUAGUGAUCAGUGGCAGAGCCCGUCACAGCCUGAGGACCUUAGUGAAGACUCCCUGUAUGCAGGUCGUGUUCAGGUCCUUGAAACAGAGAGAGGACGCUCCACUCUGAGAAUCAGAGACCUGAGAGAGAGUGAUUCAGCUCAGUAUCACUUUAAAUUCAAAACAAGAAGCUUUGAAUGGAGGAGUAUUUUACCUGGUACAACUCUGACUGUUACAGCUCUACAGGUGCAGGUGAACACAAUAUCAGUUCACCAGGAUUAUACUGAGGCAGAGCUGAAGUGUCACAGCAGCUGCAGUCCAGCUGGUCGUCUUUCCUACGUCUGGUUCAAGAAUGGACAGAAAGUCAGAGAGGAGACAUCUUCUUAUAAAGGCCGGUUUUAUCCUGAAGACGUCAUCUCUUGUGCUUUGAAAGGACAUGAGAAUUACGGCUCUCCUUCAGUGUGUGUCUAUGGUCAAAACUGCAACAGAGUGACGUACACUGACAGAAGCAUCUGUGCCUUCAAAGGUUCAUCAGUGGACAUUUCUUGCACAUACAACAGCUAUGGUGGACCCAUCACAUCUAAAUUCUGGUUCAGUCCUGAACGUAGUGAUCAGUGGCAGAGCCCGUCACAGCUUUCAGGUCGUGUUCAGGUCCUUGAUACAGAGAGAGGACACUCCACUCUGAGAAUCAGCGAUCUAAAAGCCAGUGAUUCAACUCAGUAUCGCUUCAAAUUCAAAAGAACAAGGUUUGAAUGGAGGAGUAUUUUACCUGGUACAACUCUGACUGUCACAGAUCCAGAUUUACAGCUGCAGGUGAUCCGGUCUUCUACUGGUCCAACGCUGAUUUGUCACAGCAGCUGUCUUUCCGAUCGUUCUUCCUUCAUUUGGUACAAGAAUAAAACCGAAAUUAUGGCAGAAACAUCUCCUUUUUAUAGAGGAUACAUUAAUCCUGCAGACCACUACUCCUGUGCAUACAAGAAUUACCACACUGCUUCAGUCUAUGCUCCAAUGGCUCCCUUGGUGCAGAUGAGUUCCCCUGGCGACAUUAUGGAGAACAGUUCAGUGACUCUGACCUGUAGCAGUGAUGCUCACCCAGCAGCUAAAUACACCUGGUACAAGAAGAAUGGAGGUCCAGACCCUCAACCUGUUAGUAAAGAAGCAGAGCUCGUCUUCAGAUCCAUCCAGUCCUCUGACUCUGGAGAGUAUUACUGUACAGCUGAGAACGAUCUGAAGAGGAGGACAUCUGAAUCCAUCUCUGUUCAUGUGAAAUAUGGUCCAAAGACCUCCAGUGUGUCAGUGAGUCCCUCUGGUGAGAUAGUGGAGGGCGGUUUAGUGACUCUGACCUGUAGCAGUGAUGCUAACCCAGCAGCUAACUACACCUGGUACAAAGUGAAUGAAGACUCACCAAAAGCAUCAGGACAGAUCUUCACCACAACAGGCAUCUAUCAUUUCAACUCCAUCAGCUCUGAGGACAGAGGGAACUACUACUGCAAGUCUGAGAAUCAGUAUGGACAGAUCAUGUCAUCAUCUCUAUCUGUAGAUGUCCAGUAUGCUCCAAAGCUUCCCUCUGUGUCAGUGAGUCCCUCUGCUGAGAUAGUGGAGAACAGUUCAGUGACUCUGACCUGUAGCAGUGAUGCUAACCCAGCAGCUAAUUACACCUGGUACAAGAAGAAUGGAGAUCCAGACCCUCAACCUCUCAGUAAAGAAGCAGAGCUCGUCUUCAGAUCCAUCCAGUCCUCUGACUCUGGAGAGUAUUACUGUACUACAGGAAAUCGAACUUUCUUUUCUAAAUACAUCUCUCUUGAUGUCAAAUAUCCUCCAAGGCUUCCCUCCGUGUCAGUGAGUCCCUCUGCUGAGAUAGUGGAGAACAGUUCAGUGACUCUGAGCUGUAGCAGUGACGCUAACCCAGCAGCUAAAUACACCUGGUACAAGGAGAAGCAAAAGGUGUUUCAAGGGCCAGAAGGACAUUAUAAUUUCAUGUCCAUCAGCCCUGAGGACACAGGGAACUACACCUGCAAGUCUGAGAACCAAUAUGGAAAGAACAGCUCUUCAGUGCUAUUUAUAGAUGUUCAGUAUCCUCCAAAGCUUCCCUCUGUGUCAGUGAGUCCCUCUGCUGAGAUACUGGAGGGCAGUUCAGUGACUCUGACCUGUAGCAGUGAUGCUAACCCAGCAGCUAAAUACACCUGGUACAAAGAGAAUGAAGACUCACCAAAAGCAUCAGGACAGAUCUUCACCAUCACUGACAUAACACCUGAACACAGUGGGAAUUAUUACUGUGAAGCCCAGAACAGAAGAGGACGUCAUAACUCUACUUUACAUUUGACUGUUGUAGCAGUUUUUCCACUGGCAUGGACAUCAGCAGCCAUUGGAACAACCCUUGCUGUUUUUUUGGCUGUCAUAUGUCUCACUGUCUUCCUACGGAUAAGAAAAAAGAAGACUGCCAAGCAAUCUGCCGAGCCAGAAGAAAGACCAGACAACGCAGAACAGACUGUGGAGCAGGAUGAUCUCAACUAUGCCAGCAUCCGCUUCUCCCACAACCAGACAGAUCCUGUGUACUACAACAUCAGACAAGCUGGACCCCGCAGACAAAGGGAAGAAGAGGAAGAGGAAGAAGAGGUUGAUUACACUGAUAUCAACUUUAAAAGUGCUGGUGCUACCCCGAGAACCAGAGGUCCAGACCCGGGAGAGGAUCCAGCUACACUGUAUAGUACAGUCAACAACCGUAUUGAAUGCAAGAGGAAUUUUUAGUCUGUUUUUUUUUUUGGUUGUUUUGAUUUUUUCAUGUGGGGCAGCAUGAGUCUAAGGAUGCCAAAUUCAGUCCGUCGGUUGGUCCACAACUUUGGUCUGAACAACCACUUGAUUGAUUGUUAUAAUUAUUUGUACCAGCAUUCAUUGUCCUCAGGGGAUAAAUCCUACUGACUUUGGUGAACCUUGGACUAUAACCCUCGGAUGCAAUCUCAUAAAAUGUGGUACAAAUAUCCAUGGUGCCUUAAGUAUAAAUCCUGAUAACUUUGGAGGUUUGUUGACUUUUGAUCUGUCUCAACUACUAUUGAAUGGAUGUCCAUGACAUCUGGUACUGACAUUCAUAUUCCCCACAGGAUAACUUAAAAUUACUUUUUUUAAGUUUCAAAUGUUUUUUUUUUUAAUGACAAAGCAUCAGAUCUGUGAAAUGAAUGACAGUCCUAUGAGGUUCAGCUUUAUGCUAAACUAACAUGCUUUAGAAAUAUGAAAGUUGAUAUAUAAAACUGGGGUACUGGAGAUAAACAUAUGUUGGCCUAGUUGUAUUUUCAUACUGUUGUCACUAGAUGUUAUUCAAGAGCCAUAUUUCUCUGACUGAAAUCACUUCCACAAUUUUCUGCCCUCCUUUGCUUUAAGCCAGUUUCAAAAAUGGAAAAUGUGACUAUAGCAUUACCAUCACAGCUCAUUUGAAUGUUCUGUCUUGCAUUAUGUUGUAUACUAAUAGUUAUAAAAAAGAACCAAGUGAGACAACACAGUACAUCGCUGUAAUAUUACUGCGAAUUGCUUUGAAUUGACAGCAACUACAUAUGAUUAUUACAAUAGAACUUUGGUUGGUUACUGUAGAAAUACAGUACAAUACUGUUUUAAGUGUAAAUUUUCAUUUACAUUGCUAUAAAAUGAUUGUAUACUUCUGUAAAAAAUGAUAAGCUUUCUAACUCUCUCCUUGAUAUUGAGAAUAAACUGAAUCUUUUCUUGAAAUGUAAAACCUUAAAUAA